AUGGCAUUCCUCAUAAAUGUGACCAAGACAUUGUAUCUUAUUGUAACUUGGACCUGUGGGUCCAUCUUAAACUCAUCCAUUGUAGUUGUGUAUCUCAAAGACUGGAAGAACGGAAUGAACCUUGGUGAGUGUGAGCGGACCAUUCUGACCAUGGGGUGCACCAACCUUUUUUUGCAGUGCUUUUUAACCAUCAAUGAAACUAUAAGUAUUUUCGACCUGCACGGAUUGUUUCUGAAAGAGUUCACUUUAGUUGGUUGUAUAUUGUACUUCUUUUUGAGCUAUGUCUCCAUGUGGUUCACUGCUUGGCUCUCCAUCUGCUACUGCGUGAAACUGGUCAACUUUUCACAUCAAUUGUUUAUUCAAUUUAAAAGACAAAUCUCCUCUGCAAGCACUCCAUUCUUGUUUGGAUCAGUGUUGGUUUCAUGCUUAAAUAAUGUUCCCUUCAUUUGGACAAUGGAUACAGAAUUUCUGCAAAACACCACCUUAUCAGUUGAUAACUUUGUCUACAAAGUGGACCUUAAAUUUAUGUCUUGCAACGUUGUUAUUGGUUCCUGUGUGCCUUUUCUCAUAACUUCUAUUUGCAUGGGACUCAGUGUGAUGUCCCUUCUGAGACAUGUCCAGAGGAUGAAGAACAAUACUUCUCAGUCCUGGAAUCCUCAGUUGAAGAGCCAUGUGAAAGCUUGCAGGACAAUGUCCUUCCUUAUGAUUUUGAACUUGAUUUUCUUUGUGGCAGUUAUUUCAGUGGCCAUAGGUCUAACACAAUUCAAGCAUGUCAUUAUUAGACGUAUAAUAUACUGGUCUACUGUUAUGGCAAGUCCCUCAGCUGAAGCUGCCAUUCUGAUCCUUGGAAAUACCAAGUUAAAAUUGGCCUUGCCAAAGAUCUUGUUUUGGUGAUAAGCCUAUUUGUAUGCAAACAUUUAAGUUGUGUGUAGUCAUUAUUAGAUUUUAUUUACACAACAUAAUCAUU